AUAUUGAUUUUUGCCGUCUAAAAGCCUAACUAAAAGCUUCUUGAUGUCACUGAAGCAUCUCAGAUCAAGGUAUUGUGCUGUCUGCGGGCUGAUCAGAUUUCUGGGGCAGUGUAGUGGAGGUUCUAAACCCCCUGAAGAUGUAUGGCCUGUAUUUGGAAGCGGUGAAUGACUACAUUAAUGAAUCAUAUGGAGAGGACGUAUGGAGGCUAAUCGAGGCCAGAGCAGAGAUCCCGCACCUCAAAUUUGUUCGACACCAGAUGUACAAUGAUAAUCUGAUUUUGAGGCUGGCGAAGGCAGCUGGAGAGGUUUUGGGGAAAACUCACGAUGAGCUGAUGUAUGCUUUCGGGGUCUACAUGGUCAAGCGGAUAGGAAACUAUGGCUAUGAGAGGAUCUUAAAGGUACUGGGGCGCAAUGUACGAGAUUUCAUCAAUGAGCUAGAUAACCUGCAUGAGUACUUCCGUUUCUCCUUUCCAAAAGUCCAGCCGCCCAGUUUCUGUGUAGAGGAAGAAUGUGAGACGAGUCUUACCCUGCACUACCGUUCAACCAGGAAAGGAUUCACACAGUUCGUCAAAGGGCAGCUCUCUCAGGUGGGCCGACAGUUUUACAACACAGACAUAGAGGUGGAGAUUCUGUCUAAAGAGGAAACAGAGAAAAUGACAUAUGUGGUGUACAAGAUGAAUUUUGACAAUGCUGCGUUUAAGCACCGUAUGCCCCAGCAGAAAACAGCUCCAGGCUAUGAGAAACUGCCCAUGAAGCGAGGAAUCUUUUUUGACAUGUUCCCCUUCAGCGUGAUAUUCCGUAGGGACAUGACAAUGUAUCGGAUCGGAGACGGUUUGAAAGAGGUGUUUUCUGAUCUGCAGGGCAAAAAGGUCAAUGAGGAAUUUACCCUGGUUCGGCCCAUGCUGGAAUUCAGCUGGGAUAAUAUCUACACCCACCUCAACAAUGUGUUUGAACUGCUGUCUAAGGCUGUGGUAGAGAGCAAACAGAAGGUCAACAUCCCCAAACUCAGCAAAGAAGAACCAGAGGAGAAAGAGGAAAGUGAAAAGCCCAAGAAGGAAGAGAGAGAUAUUAAAGUGAUGGAAGAAAUGAAGGGCACAGAUCAGGAAUACAGCAGCGCUCUGACUCAGUACAACAGCUCGGCUAAUUCUGGAGGAGAGGACAUCGAGCUGCUGGCUUUUCAGACUGUCACUGGCAAGUGCAGUGAAACCAUAUUUGAAGACAUGCGGGAGCCCCCUAAAAAGCCUCUCCACCUCAAGGGCCAGAUGAAGUAUGUCCCUCAAUGGGACUCCCUCAUCUUUCUAGGAACUCCCAUUAUCGAGACAGUGGAGGACAUGAUAAAAAUGGGUGUUUACGUCAAUGAUUUAAACCUGCACGACUCCAGCAGAGAGCUCAUCCUGGCAGGAACACAGCAAUCAGCCGAGCUGCAACUGGCACUUGACCAGGAGCAGCAGAAGUACGCACAGCUGCAGGAGAUCAUUAAAAAGCUGGAUGAGGAGAAGAAGAGAGGAGACUCCCUGCUGUAUGCCAUGAUCCCCAAAGCAGUGGCAGACCGACUGCGCAAGGGUAUCACAGCACUGGAGACAUGUCAGGUGUUCCCAGAUGUGACCAUCCUGUUCAGCGAUGUGGUGAAGUUUAAUGAGAUCUGCAUCCACAUCACCCCCAUGCAGGUGGUGGACAUGCUAAAUGAGAUCUACAUCGUUUUUGAUACACUCAGCGAAAAGCACAAUGUUUACAAGGUGGAGACUAUUAGGGAUGCCUACAUGGUUGUGGCAGGUGUGCCCAAUAAGACCACAUUCCAUGCCCACCACAUCUGUGACAUGGCUCUAGACAUGCUGAGCUCGAUCGACCAUCUAAAAGACCCCUCCACCGGGGACAACAUCCAGAUCCGUGUCGGUAUUCACUCGGGAAUGGUAGUCGCAGGUGUGGUGGGUCUGAAGAUGCCCAGGUAUUGUCUGUUUGGAGACACAGUAAACACGGCUUCUCGGAUGGAAUCUAAUGGCGUGGGCAUGCAAAUCCACAUCAGUCAGACCACCAAAGACCAUCUGGAGCAUGAACCGUACAUUAUCGAGGAACGAGGAAAGAUUUUUGUUAAGGGUAAAGGUUAUAUGAAGACGUACUGGCUGAAGGGAAAGAAAGAUCUUUCAUUUAAGACUCCAGCAGAGCUCAGAUACAGCAAUGAGCAGAAAGACUCAGACGACAGAAGCUCAAAUGGUUCCACUUGCACCAACAGCAAACAUUCCCCAUCAAACAUGAACACCCCUAAUGAGGAGCAAGCUGAGGGCAAACCCUCUCCCCCUGACCUCUUCAACUCCAAGGACAUGGCUCUCAGGGCCCAGAAAAAGAUUCUGAGCCAAAUGGCCAACAAGUCUGUGGUGCAGAUGUUCAUCGAUGAUACCAGCAGCGAGAUUCUAGAUGAGCUUUACCGUGUGUCAAAAGAGCACACUGGGAACCGCUCAGUGGCCCAGAAAGUUGUGAAAGACCUCAUUAAGGUGGUAGUGAAGAUAGCUGUGCUUUUCAGGCACAAUCGAUUCAAUGAGGAAGAGCUAAAGCUGGCCCAGAAUUUCCAAAAGAAACUGCAUCAGGGAGCCAUGACAGCCAUCAGCUUCCACGAGGUGGAUUUCACAUUUGACAAAGCGGUCAUGUCAGAGAUCCUGAUAGAAAGUAGGGACAUGCUUCUGAAGCUUGUAAACACUCACCUCACACCAAAAUCCCACGGACGCAUCAACCACGUUUUCAACCAUUACGCUGACCCUGACCUCCUCACCCAGCUUUACAACCCAUCCGGGCCUCUCAAACCCCACCUCACCAAAAUCUGCAACGGGCUUAACAAACUGCUGGAGGCCGGGACGUUAUGAGGACAGCAAAGCACUGAAAGACACUCACCAGAGGAACACCCGUUAUCACAGACUGCACACGAUGCAACCAAACAGGCAGAAAGUGACUGACCGAGAGCAACUCAACCUUUGAAAUAGUGUUGCUGGGCUGUUAAUGAAUAUUAGAUCAAUCAGUGGCCUGAUUUUGUCACUGCCUGAGCGAGCUCAGAUCAAAUAUAAAAGUAUCAUCUGAACAAUUUUUUUAAAGCUCUGGGACUCCAGCUGCGUUGGAUAGCAGUUUUCUAAACUGCUUGUUUUUUCAUAACGAUGUUUAAACCACCGGGGUUCAGCUACUCUGCUGUAAAUUAGAGCACAUUGAAUUGUUCAAAACUGUUAACAUUUUUGAGCUGAUCAUUUACCUCCCAGGACAACAAAAUAACAAGAACCAGAAAAACACAAACACGUUCUAUAUGCACUGCCAUCUAGUGUUACCCUGUGGUUAUGGCUACGAUAUAAAUCUGAGCUUGGCACUACACAGUCAACAACUAUAUUUUGACAUGAUCAGCCCUAAGGGCAUCUGCUGUACUAUAAGGGAACAACCACUAAAUAAAUAUUUCUGCACAGCCCUAAUGUAAUUUGCUAUCAGUGUUGCAACGCACUAAUGUUUGGGAUCAGUAAGAUUUAUUUUUAAUACUUUCAGUAAGGGCAUGUUAAAUCGAUCAAUGACAAAAAAAUAUUUAUACCGUUUCAAAAGACAUAUAUUUCAAAUAAAUGCUGUUCUGUUAACCUUUGUGUUAAAAUAAACCUGAAAAUGUAUUAUA